CCAGAAGCUUCCGAGCCGGCCGGUCAUGAACGCGCCGCGCGGCCCAGAACCUUCCGUCCCAGCCCCCGUCCCGUCGCGCUCGCUCCCGUACUCGGCAGGAGUAUUUAUCAGCGAGCACCGCCCACUUUCCCGCGGAAGGAAAGCAGCCAGCCAAAGACCACCUGCGUUGCGUGCCACUGUGCUACCCAAUUCUUUGGUUCUUUGGAUUCUUCCGUUUGCGACAGGAGAUCGCUGGUUGUUUGCUUGCUCGGCCACGAGGAGGAAUGGACCGGGUGCUGCUGCCGGUGAGGGUGAAGGAGGAGUGGCCGCCGCCGCCGCCGGAGGAGGAGGAGGAGUUGGAGCACGGGGGCCUGGCGCCGCGGCCGAUGGAGGGGCUGCACGAGACUGGCCCGCCGCCGUUCCUGACCAAGACGUUCGACCUGGUGGCGGACCCGGCCACCGACGGCGUCGUCUCCUGGGGCCGCGCCGGGAACAGCUUCGUCGUCUGGGACCCGCACCUCUUCGCCGCCGUGCUGCUCCCGCGCUUCUUCAAGCACAUCAACUUCUCCAGCUUCGUCCGUCAGCUCAACACCUACAACCAAGAUUUUAGCCGAGUCGCUCGAGCAAGAGAUGACCCAAAAAUGAUAUAAUAUCAGGGCAACAUUUGGUGCUCGUCUUACAACUGUGGUGACUAUGGUGGUCACCAUGAAUAUUGGUAUGCAUCUGAUUCUGGAAUGACAUAAACAUACAAAAACAAAUAUAUAAGAUGGUUCAGUUUGGUAGUUGUGUACGAAUUAUGAAAGAAGAGUAACAUUUAUAGCUUCUCUUAGCAUCUAGCGGUAAGCGGUUCUAUAUGGCAGUGAACUUUACUAGUUGCCGGCAUGUUUUUUGUGUGUGUUGGUGUUGGCUGUGUGCAUCCAGAGGCCGGGUGUAUACUCAUUGUGUUUUGUAUCCGCUUGAUGCUUCAUUUUGAACUAAUAAAAUCCACCCUUUGUCGAAAAAAUUCAUGGCAGUGAACUAUGUUACUGUGAUUCUCUUCCCUUUGUGUAAAUCUUGUAUAUCUACAAUUGAUCAGCAAAGAAGCUGCAAACUAGAAUUAUUUGUUUUUUGCCUCUGGUUUGAAGGGUGAACAUAGCUUGAUCUUCAACAGACUACGAUAGCUAUGGUACUAGUACUCCUACUAGGAUAGAUAGGAUCCUUCAAUAUCUCUGCCACUAUCUGCUUACGUAAAGUCAUGGAGAAUCAUUGGAUUCGAUGGAAAAAUGAGGUUGGGGCCAAUCCUUUGGCAGAGGCAUGUGCAUAGAACCUUAUUUCCUGAAUUCUUCUUGAUACUUGAGAACAAGGAGAUGCUGGGAAGCUGAAUAGCCUGCCUCUUCUUGACGAACAUAUUUAAUUUCUGACAUGGUCUUUCUCCAACUUCUUACUGUGUUGCUAGAUGGAUCAAGACACCGGCUGAAGCUACAAGAACCUGCUUAUUUGUUCUAGAAGACUCCUUUCAUCACCAUCAAGCAAUAUAGUAUACUACUACCUAUUCUUCCACUACUUAUAAAUUUGGGCAUAACACUAUGUGAAACCUACCAUUUUAUAUGUUGUGAAGUAUGCCAUGCUAGUUGAGCUUUGCUGCUUGUGGCUUCUGAACUUGAGCUAACUGCAGUUGUUCUGCUACUCUUUGUGUUUCUCGAAACUAAAAUAAAUAUGUGACUUGUUCUGCAAUUUGCAGGGUUUU